UCAACCCCGCCGAACGCAUCGAUUCAAUCGCUGACAAGAAGCUCAAACGAUCCUCAUCAGAAUAAGAGAUAUCUUGGAAUUUUGUUCGUUGUUCAUCAGAAGUUUCAAUGUUGUCUUGAGGAUUUAGGCCGAGCGGUCUAUACUGUGGUGGCGGGAGCGGUGGCGUGCGUUCUCGCAUUUUAA